CACAGCAGGCACCACCAACCACAACACAAACACACCACUUGGACCACCUACACCCCAUCAUGUUCUUUGCAUCGCCCCUCGUCUACGCGGGUGCAUCAUCCUCGGACGAGUUUUCUGAGACCGAGCUUGAAGCCGGACUCGUUGCCAACGCCAUGUACGAUCUGGCCAAGGAAGAUGAAGAGAUCGGCGCUCUGGCUGAAGAGGUCAACACCGCGUCGUCGUCGUCGUCGUCGGGCGAGGGCUCGGACAACGACUCGGCCUCGGAUGGCUCGGCAGAGCUGGAUGCGUCGAUCGCAGUGGCGCAGCAGCAGGCGCAGCAGCAGGCGCCCGAUGGGCCGCAAGCACGCGGCGGAAAGGCGGGAAAGGGCAAGAAGAAGAAGAAGGGCGUGCGGUUUGAGCUGAAGAAGCUGUUCAAGAUGGGCAAGCGGCAGAAGGCGGCAAACUCGCGACGGGCUGUCCCCUCGCGGGCCGUCCCGCCUCGCAAGAAGCCGAUCAAGACGCGUCGGGCAGACACCAACGUGAUCUCGCUCUCGCUCGGCUCUCUGGCCGACGGUGUGACCCUCGCAACCGGCGAGGCCAUCCGCUGCUCACAGUGCUCGGCAUACUUUUCGGCGGUCUCGCAGGUCACGCCCAACGACGCAGACGCAGACGAUGAAGAUGACGACCUCGUCGGCGUGUGGAACUGCGAGUUUUGCGGAACCGGCAACGAGGUUGAGCUGGCCCGCCCGGAGAUCCCGACCGCCAACUCGGUCGACUACGUAGUUUCUGGCAUGACGGUGGCGUCGGAUGCGCGCGAGUCCAACGUGGUCUUUUGCGUUGACACCUCAGGCUCGAUGUGCGUGACAACCGAGGUCUCCGGCAAGGUCAAACUCAAAGGCCAGGACCGGCGCAACAAGGAGUUUGCCGAGCUUCGCUCGUUUGGCGACGGUUCGAACCAGUUCCUCCGCGGCCAAUCGCGCAACACAACGUACAUCUCGCGACUGCAAUGCAUGCAGGCCGCGGUGGAGACUCAGAUCGAGACGCUGGCUGCCACCGAGCCGGCUGUCCGCGCCGGGCUCGUCACCUUUGCGUCGGACGUCAAGGUUGUCGGCGAUGCUGCCGCCGCCGAGCACACCAUUGCCGGCGACCAUCUCGAUGACUACGAUCACUGCCUCUCUGCAGCCGCCGAGCUGCCCCUAGGCGCUCCGGUUGUCGACUCGGCGCCGGCCCUGAGGGCCAAGCUUGACGCGCUCUCCGAAGAGGGCCAGACGGCACUCGGCCCCGCGCUGGUCACCGCGGUUGGCAUGGCGGCGCAGCGCCCGGGCUCGGAGGUCAUUGUCUGCACCGAUGGGCGGGCCAACAUCGGCGUCGGCUCGAUCUCGGAUGCGCCGACCGAGGCUGAGGAGGAUGAGACGACUGCGUUUUACGAGCGGGUCGGCCUCUACGCCCGUGAGGCUGGCGUCACCGUCAACGUCAUCACCAUCGACGGCACCGACUGCUCAGUGGAGAACCUCGGCAUCGUGACCGACGCCACGUCGGGCACCGUCGAUGUUGUCGACCCGCUUGAGCUCACCUCGAACUUUUCGUCGAUCCUCGCCGAGCCGCCGGUCGCUACCGCUGUUGAAAUUGUCUUCCUCCUGCAUAAGGGCCUCCGCUUCCGUGAGGACGACGUCGCCGCCGACUCCAACAUCCUCACCCGAACCAUCGGCAAUGUCAAGGCCUCGUCGGACGUGACUUUCCAGUACUCGGUUCGGCGUGACUUUCUCGAUGCGCUCACCGAAGACGCCUCGGUCCCGUUCCAGGUCCAGAUCCACUACACCAAGCUCAACGGCAUGAAGUGCGUCCGGGUGAUCACCCAGUCGAAGACCGUGACCCACUCGCGCGCCGCGGCAGAGGCCGACGCCGACGUCGCCGUCCUCGGCCUCAACGCCGUUCAGCACUCGGCCAAGUUUGUUAACGAAGGCGACUACACACAGGCCCGCGCCUACUCGCACGCCAACUCGCAUCUCCUCUCGCGCAUCUCGACAACCGAGCAGUCUAAGCGCCAGUUUGUCGCCUGGGUCCACAACGCCGCCGCUGUCGAUGACCUGGCCCGCAACGAGCAGGCCUCAGAGCACGCCGCAGGCCUCUUCCUCUCCGACUCGGACGACGAGGCCGCCGAUGUCACUGUCCGAAUGAGCAAGAAGGCCCACAAGAAGAAGAUGCGCUCGCGCGCACGCAAGGACAAGUCGUCCGCAGUCAUGUAUCAGCAGAAGGCCGUCUCCAAGGCUUCGUUCAUGUAACACUUGCUACACUCGG